GACGUGAGUUGGUGUGGGACUGAGUUGAGUUAUUUGUGUUGUCGAAGAAGAGGAAGGGAAACCGGAGAGGGGGGAGAAGAGCGAGAGCAAACUGGGGGCAUCCAAUAUGGCAUCGGGCGAUACGCUCUACAUUGAAGCCGACGGCUCGGAGAUGCCGGCCGAGAUAGUCGAACUUCACGAAAUAGAAGUGGAGACAAUUCCCGUAGAGACUAUUGAGACCACGGUGGUCGGGGGAGACGAUGAUGACGAGCACCACCAGCCCAUGAUCGCACUGCAACCGUUAGAUGAUCCGAACCAUAUUCACCACCACCAAGAGGUGAUAUUGGUGCAGACCCGUGAAGAGGUGGUCGGAGGGGACGAUUGUGAUCUCCGUGCGGAUGACGGUUUCGAAGAUCAGAUCCUCAUACCUGUACCUGCUCCAGUCGCUGAGGAGGAAUAUAUCGAGCAUACUCUGGUGACAGUAGCCGGGAAGAGCACUUCAGCUGGGCGAACGAAGAAAGGGGGAGGUGGCAGUGGGAAGAAAUCAGGCAAAAAAAGCUAUUUAAGUGCCGCCGAAGCCAGCGGUAGAAAAUGGGAGCAGAAACAAGUGCAAAUAAAGACGCUGGAGGGGGAGUUUUCAGUUACUAUGUGGGCUUCUGAUGAUAAGAAGGACCUGGACCACGAUGUGGUGGAGGAGCAGAUCAUCGGCGAAAACUCCCCCCCGGAUUAUUCCGAGUACAUGACCGGCAAGAAGCUGCCCCCAGGUGGGAUUCCCGGGAUCGACCUUUCGGACCCCAAGCAGCUGGCAGAGUUUGCGAGAAUGAAGCCACGGAAAAUGAAGGAAGACGACGCCCCAAGGACAAUAGCCUGCCCCCAUAAAGGAUGCACAAAGAUGUUCAGGGAUAACUCAGCGAUGAGGAAGCAUCUGCACACUCACGGGCCCCGCGUACACGUGUGUGCCGAAUGCGGGAAGGCGUUUGUGGAAAGCUCCAAACUGAAACGACAUCAACUCGUUCACACCGGAGAGAAGCCUUUUCAGUGUACUUUUGAGGGCUGCGGCAAACGGUUCUCCCUGGACUUUAACUUGCGUACUCACGUACGGAUUCACACAGGAGACCGGCCGUACGUCUGCCCUUUCGACGGCUGCAAUAAGAAGUUCGCUCAGUCCACCAACCUAAAAUCGCACAUCUUGACACACGCAAAAGCCAAAAACAACCAGUGAAGCCCUCAGCAACCUACCGUUUCUCAAAAACCAGGAAAGUUCGAUUUAAAACCCCUUUGUAUAUUGUUUCUUAAAAAAAAAAAAAAAAAAAAAGGUUUUAAAGAAAAUGACCUUGACUUUUGAUAAAUAUGGAGAAGACCUAAAUUAAAAAACUAAGUUUCACCCGAUCUUACCUUUUGGUCCUCAGAGAAGAACGCGGUGGUGUUCUCUUCUGUAAAAUCAGCUCUUAAUAUAAAGCUCUAUUCAGGAAUAAGGACCUGACGGACUUGAAUCAAAAGACAAUUAUUUGUACAACAGCAAUUAAAGAACAUUUCAACUUGUUUUUUCACAUCAGAUUAAAGAUUUCACUUGUCUGCAUAGAGAGAAUUGCUUUUUAAUUUUGUACUUCUCCAAGUGUGCAUAUUGUACACUUAUUUUCGUACGUUUAGUAAUGCUAUGUGUCAUCUUCCCCUGAAGAUUGAAAUCAGCUUCUAAUAGUUCUUGGAAGAGAGUUGAUGGAUACUGUACAACAUGCUUCAAAAGUAUUUUUUAUGUAAAAAGUUUUUGUUUCGUUUGCUCCCAAAUUAGGUUGUAUUCUUUACCAUUAACUAAUUUUGUAUAAUUGUACCGUACAGCUGUAUUGAAAUCAUGUAGACCUAGAGAUGUGAUUUAAGUAGUGUUAAUCAAUUAAAGCAAUUGUAGACACCUGUUAUUUUAUUUUCCAUGAAAUGUCCGAUGCAUACGUAUCAUUCUUCACUUCAAGCCUGCAUCUCACGAGAAAACAGCUAAAUGGUGAUCAGUUGCAUUGUUAGAAUGUAUUGUACAGGCAUCAAUCCUGAACGACCCCUGUUAAUAUGUACAUCCCGUGUAUUUCAAGUGACCAACAAUAAAAGGUGGUCCCAAAUCAAGCACUUAGUACAAGUGUAAUUUUCCGCAAUCACAAAGUGCAAGCAGCAGAGGUCCUGCUGUAGAAGUGGCUCUUUCUGUUAAGUGCAAAUAAGCUUGAAAAAGCCCCUCCAAAAGUGCAGUGAAAAAAUAUUUGCACCCUUCCUGAUUUUCUCUAUUAUUGCAUCUUUGUCAUGCUGAAUGGUUUUCUGAUCUUCAGACAAAAUGUAAUCUUAGACGGGGGAAAUGGACUAAACACAAAAUUCUUAAGUUAUUUAAUUUAUCAAAUACCCGUAUCACCUUGUGAAAAAGUAAUUGCCCCCUUAGUUAUUCAGUCAGCAAAUGAACCCGAUUUAAUUGAUUCAGCUGAUUUAACACAGCCAGGCUUGUGUGCAUCCAGCCCUGUUGAAUACAACCCCCUGUUCCACAGGAGUGGCUUGCCUUUCAAUGUGGUCAAGGGGGGUGCCGCAACAAUUCGUCCAGGAAGUCUCAGAAAAUCCCAGAAGAACAUCAAAAGAACUGCAGGCCCCUCCAGCCCCCACUUAGGUUGGUGUUCAUGACUCCACAAUAAGAAAGAGACUGGACAAAAUGGGAUUCGUGGGAAAGUAGCAAGGCGGAAACCACAGCUAACCAAAAGAAACAUCAAUGCUCAUUUCUCGUUGGCAAAAAAAGCACCUGGAAGAUCCCCCAAGCCUUUUGGCCUAAUUAUUUUGGACAGAUGAGUCAAAACUGGACUUGUUUUUGAAUGACAUUGGUCCCGUUAUGUCUGGCGUAAAGCAAAUGUGGCAUUUCACAGUAAGAGCAUAUCAACAGUCAAACGUGGUUUUGUGAUAUUGUUGUGAUGCUUUGCUGCCUCCAGACCUGGACAUCUUCCAUUAUUGAAGGAACCAUGAUUUUCCGGAAACGUCUUAAGGAGAAUAUCUGGUCAUCUGUCCGUAAGCUGAAGCUAAUCCACGACUGGUUUAUGCAGCAACAAAAGCAAGUCCACAUAUGAAUGGCUGAAAAUUAAAUAAAAACAUAAGUGGCCAAGUCCUGACUUGAACCCAAGAGAGAUGCUGUGGCAGGACGUGAACCAAGCUGUUAAUGCUUACAAACCUGUCAAGUUAAAUUCAAGCUUUUCUGCAAAGAAGUCUGGGCUAAAAUUCCUCCAUCGCAAUGUGAAAGACUGAUAUUAAAUAAUACUUUACUGUUAUUCACUGUUACAUAUGGUGCAACCAGUUAUUUAAGGGGGCAUUUACUUUUUCACAGGCAUGCUAUUGGUUGUUGAUAACUUUUUUCAUUAAAUAAAUGAAAUUAUUUAAAAAA